AGAGAGACGUACUCUGCUUGCUCUGGGCUUCUCUAUAUAUCAGAACAAUACUCCAUCGAAAGCCUUCCCCUCUCUCUCUCUCUCUCUCUCUCUCUCUCUCUCUCUCUCAUAGGCAUAGCAGUAGCUGUAGAUUAGUAAGCAAGUAGGAAGGAAUGGAGCAGAAGAAAGCGGCAGGAGACAUGAAGAGAAGCGAGUCAGAACUGGCCCUCCAAGAGGUCAUCAAGAAGACCACCCAAAUUAAAGGAGAAGAAAUAAAGGAAAAUCGCGACAACUCUUUUUCUGCUGAGCUCGACAGCUUCUUUAGCGAUGAUCUCUCUUUCUGCUUCAAAACUCUGGAGACUAUGAAUGGUUUUUCAGAAUCAUCGGUAGUGUGGUCUCAAAACAUCAGCCCCAAGCAAUCCAGCAUUUCAUCAGCACCCAUUGAUACCCAGUCAUCAGUUUGUGUUAGCAGUCCAUUAUCCGCCAAUACUAAACCAAACAAAAAAAGAGCGAGUAGCAGUGGUUCCUCAGACGAUGAAGAUGCAGAGACAGAAGCUGGUCCUUGUGAGCAGAGCAACAAUUCCAAUCCCAUUGAUCUAAGACGCGUUCGGAGGAUGGUUUCAAACCGGGAGUCAGCUAGAAGAUCAAGGAAAAGAAAACAAGCUCAUUUACACGAGCUUGAAUCGCAGGUUGAACAACUCACAGGAGAUAAUACGUCUCUGUACAAGCAGCUUUCAGAUGCUUCUCAACAAUAUAAUAAUGCUCAUACAAAUAAUCGAGUGCUUAAAUCAGAUGUUGAGGCUUUGAGAGCUAAGGUGAAGCUAGCUGAAGAUAUGGUUACUCGAGGUUCCUUAACCUGUAGCCUGAAUCAAUUUUUACAUCAAAAUCAUCUAACUUUACCUCAACCACUUAAUAACCAUAAUCUACGAGUCUCACCUACUGUCACAAUCAAUGGAGAUGAUGCUUCUUAUACUGCUGGACUUGGAAAUACUGAUAUUAAUAAUGGCAAUCUCAGGAAUAGUGUCAUGAGUGAUGCUGUGAGCUGUGUGUCGGAGCUUUGGCCUUUAGACUGAAAGAGUUCAACAUCUGAUUGCCUUUCUGCUAGUUGUAUGUGUCUUCUUAUGUCUUAGGUUGUUUUGCAACUUUGUGCUCUUGUGAUCCUCUCAUUUAUAGCAAUGCUGUGUGUGUACAUUGCAUACUUGUUUCUGCCUAUAAUUAUGCUUAUGAUUCCAGUAUUUAAUGGAUUUUUAUUGCUUGUUGAUUAA